UGACAGGACGAGUAGGCUAGAGUGCGCCGCUGUGGUGAUCUGUGUCUAUCAGGAGAUAGCCGUGGCCGCCCCUGACGCUUCAGUGGGGGCAGGAUGGAUGCGGCUACCCUCACGUAUGAUACUCUCAGGUUUGAGUAUGAAGACUUCCCAGAGACCAAAGAACCUGUUUGGAUCCUGGGGAAAAAAUAUAGUGUAUUAACAGAGAAAGAGGAGAUCCUGUUGGACGUGACCUCUCGUCUUUGGUUCACAUACAGAAAAAACUUUCCAGCCAUUGGGGGAACAGGUCCUACAUCUGACACUGGUUGGGGCUGCAUGUUAAGGUGUGGACAGAUGAUCUUUGCUCAGGCCAUGGUUUGCAAGCACUUAGGCAGAGAUUGGAGGUGGUUGAAAGGGAAGAAACAGACGGACAACUAUUACAAUGUUCUUAAUGCCUUCAUUGACAAAAAAGACAGCUACUACUCAAUCCAUCAAAUAGCCCAGAUGGGAGUCGGAGAGGGAAAAUCCAUAGGCCAGUGGUAUGGACCAAACACAGUUGCACAAGUACUCAAAAAACUUGCCACUUUUGAUACAUGGAGCUCCUUGGCAGUACACAUAGCCAUGGACAAUACUGUUGUGAUGGAGGAGAUAAGAAGGCUGUGCAGGCUCAGCUGUCCAUGUCCUGGAGCUUCAGCAUUUCCUGUUGCAGAAUCAGACAUACUUUCUAAUGGGUAUCCAGAUGGAGCAGAAUGUACAGACAGGCUAUUGCUCUGGAAACCUUUAGUGCUGCUGAUACCUCUUCGCCUUGGGCUCACAGACAUCAAUGAAGCUUAUAUUGAAACCCUGAAGCACUGUUUUAUGAUGCCUCAGUCCUUAGGAGUCAUUGGAGGAAAACCUAAUAGUGCUCAUUACUUCAUUGGCUAUGUAGGUGAAGAACUAAUCUAUCUCGAUCCACACACUACUCAGCCUGCAGUGGAGCCCAUGGACAGUUGCUACAUUCCCGAUGAGAGUUUCCACUGUCAGCAUCCACCCUGCAGAAUGAGCAUUGCAGAACUUGAUCCUUCGAUUGCAGUGGGUUUCUUCUGCAACAGCGAGGAAGACUUCAAUGACUGGUGCCGGCAAAUAAAGAAGUUGUCACUGAUUAGAGGAGCCUUGCCAAUGUUUGAGCUAGUAGAACAUCAGCCUUCGCACUUCUCUAGCCCUGAUGUUUUGAAUCUCACUCCAGAUUCUUCUGAUGCAGACAGACUGGAAAGAUUCUUUGAUUCAGAAGACGAAGAUUUUGAAAUCUUAUCACUCUAAAAAAAGAACAAGACAAAAAAGCUAACUCUGCCAAUUUGUGUUGUGGGGGGAGGGGAGCUCCUUGGAGAGCCUCGGGCUACCAGCUUUCAUAGGUGCUUGUUGACAUCCCUGCCUCCCAUCCACCCUCGCAUUCUGUGCAGCCUUGGAGCAGAGUGGAUUUUCUGCAGCGGGAUCAAGAAACGGGUCAUCAUUAAGGCCUUAAUAGCUUUAGUCAGGCUUUCUCUCAGUGCAAGAGUACCUGCAGGAAAGGGAUGCAGUGUUUCCUAGGAAUUGAAGGUUAUUUUUUAUGUUAACAGGCCAAAGGCUCAGCAAGAAUAGUAAAAAGCCCUUCUAGGUGCUUGAUUCUGAUAAGUUCUCUCCAUUAUUAGAGAGAAUUUAAUCUUGUUUGCUUCUGUCCCCCUUUUUGUAGUGUGAAGUGGAUACCAGCAUAAAAUAAUGCAGAUACCUGUCUGAUAGCCGUCUCCCUAGCCUUGAAGAACAUGUUCUAUGCCACUUGGGCGUACAAGCUCUCAAGAUGGAAUACUUGUGCUUUAGUUUAUCUCCAAUAUAAGUGCUUCCAAGCAGACAUAUUACUGCUUUUAAGUUCCAAAAUUGUUCUUUAUUAAAAACAAAUCACACCUCUGCCAUAUGGUGGUGUUCUAGAAAUUGCAAGAGCCCAUCAAAUGUUACAGUAAUAUUACAGAAGAUGAAAUCGGACAUUUUCAAUAUCUAGAGUAAAGGAGGGUUUAAGAGAGGUGCUUACUCAACUCAAAAGGCCAUUCACGGUUACCUGUAAGGAAAUGAACUGGCAUGGCUUCAUUAAGCAUAACCUUUGUUUGUCAGGUAUUUUUCUAUUCCGUAUUAAAAAUACGGUGGCUGCUAUUUAAUAAAAACAUUGUGGUGGUGGAAGCAUCCACCAACUCACUUGAAUUUAAA